UAUCAUCAGCAGCAGCAGCAGCAGCAGCAGCAGCAGGGAUGGCCGCGAGCUCCGCGUUCAGCGACGAGAAAGGAGGCUCCGCCAGCGAGCCCGAGUACGGCCACGACCCGGCCAGCGGCGGCAUCUUCUCCUCCGACUACAAGAGACACGAUGACCUGAAGGAGAUGCUGGACAGUAAUAAAGACUCCUUGAAGCUGGAGGCCAUGAAGCGUAUUGUUGCAAUGAUCGCCCGGGGGAAGAACGCCUCAGAUCUCUUCCCUGCAGUGGUGAAGAACGUGGCCUGUAAGAUAGUGAAGAAGCUGGUGUACGUGUAUCUCGUGCGCUACGCUGAAGAACAGCAGGAUCUCGCUCUGUUGUCCAUUUCCACCUUCCAGAGAGGACUGAAGGUGAAGAAGCUGGUGUACGUGUAUCUCGUGCGCUACGCUGAAGAACAGCAGGAUCUCGCUCUGUUGUCCAUUUCCACCUUCCAGAGAGGACUGAAGGUGAAGAAGCUGGUGUACGUGUAUCUCGUGCGCUACGCUGAAGAACAGCAGGAUCUCGCUCUGUUGUCCAUUUCCACCUUCCAGAGAGGACUGAAGGACCCCAACCAGCUGAUCCGUGCGAGUGCCCUGCGUGUGCUGUCCAGCAUCAGAGUGACCAUCAUCGUGCCCAUCAUGAUGUUAGCCAUCAAAGAGGCAGCGUCUGACAUGUCUCCAUACGUCCGCAAGACUGCAGCUCAUGCCAUACCCAAACUACACAGUCUGGACCCAGAACAGAAAGAUCAGUUGAUUGAAGUCAUCGAGAAGCUGCUGGCUGAUAAAACCACACUGGUAGCAGGCAGUGUGGUGAUGGCGUUUGAGGAAGUGUGUCCGGACCGCAUCGACCUGAUCCAUAAGAACUACCGUAAGCUGUGUAACCUGUUGAUUGACGUGGAGGAGUGGGGUCAGGUGGUUAUCAUCAACAUGCUCACGCGCUACGCCAGAACACAGUUCCUCAACCCCAACGUCAAUGAGUCUCUGUUGGAGGAGAGCAGCGAGAAGGCCUUCUACGCCUCUGAUGAUGAGGAAGAUGAAGAUAAGAAAGCCGAGGUGACCACUCUAGAGAAGAGGAAGCCGUACGUGAUGGACCCCGAUCACAGACUCCUACUGAGGAACACCAAACCCCUGCUGCAGAGCCGCAAUGCUGCUACAUAUAUUAAGAGCAUGGAUAAGGAUUUUGUGGCGGCCAGCAUUCAGGCCAUAGGUCGCUGUGCUACAAACAUCGGUGAAGUCAGAGACACCUGUCUGAAUGGCCUCGUUCAGCUGCUGUCCAAUAGAGACGAGUUGGUUGUGGCUGAGUCAGUGGUGGUGAUCAAAAAGCUUCUGCAGAUGCAGCCUGAACAGCACAGCGACAUCAUCAAACACAUGGCCAAACUCAUCGACAACAUCCAGGUGCCCAUGGCCCGAGCGAGCAUCCUGUGGCUGAUUGGAGAAUACUGCGAGCACGUCCCCAAAAUCGCCCCUGACGUCCUGAGAAAGAUGGCCAAAAGCUUCACCAAUGAGGAAGACAUUGUCAAGCUGCAGAUUAUCAAUCUGGCUGCCAAACUGUACCUUACUAACUCAAAACAGUCUAAACUGUUGACGCAGUAUGUACUGAAUCUGGCAAAAUAUGAUCAAAACUAUGACAUCAGAGAUCGUGCCCGCUUUAUCCGCCAACUCAUUGUGCCCACCGAUAAGAGUGGCGCUCUUAACAAAUACGCCAAGAAGCUUUUCCUUGCACUCAAGCCUGCCCCCGUCCUGGAGUCUCCAUUUAAAGACCGAGAUCACUUCCAGCUGGGGUCGCUGUCUCAUCUGCUGAACGCUAAAGCCGCCGGAUACCAGGAGCUGCCUGACUGGCCUGAAUCGGCACCCGACCCGUCCGUGCGCAACGUAGAGGUGAAGGAUUCUAUUCCAGAUUGGAGCAAAUGCUCAAGCCGGAAGGAUCGCAAGGAGAAGAAAGUAGAGAAACCGUUCUACUCAGACUCCGAAGGAGAAUCUGGUCCAACUGAAUCAGCAGAUAGCGAAUCAGACUCGGGCAGUGGUUCAGCAAGCGCUAGCGGCAGUGAUGAAAGCGGUUCCGGUUCAGAGAGUGAAGAGAGCAGAGAAGAGACCGAGUCUGAGGAGGAAGAGGAAGAUGAGGAGGAGGAAAGGAAAAAAAGGAAGAAGCUGGACAAGACCAAAGCAAAGAAGCAAGCAGAGGAGAGUGCAGAGAGCGAGCAGAGCAGCGGUGCCGAGGACAGGAAGCGUGGCAGGAAAGCAGUGAAGAAUCAGAAAAGUGCUUCAGAAUCAGAGAGCGAAUCAGAGAGCAGCGAAUCAGAGGAUGAGUCGGAGGAGGAGUCAGAGGAGGAGUCUGAGUCCGACACCGACGUCAGGAAGAAGAAGACGCCCGUAUCAAAACAACCUCCCAAACAAUCCAAAAAAGAGAGCAAGAAGGAGACGCAGGAAAUGUCUUUGCUGGAUCUGGAUGACUUUGAACCAGCUCCAGCAUCAGCUCCAGUGACUCCGGUUAACUUCCUGUCCAUUAGUCUGGUGUCUGAUCUGGAGGGUUUGUCACUGACCGACACUAUUCUUGCACCUACAACCAUUGCACCUUCAGGUUUGAUAAAGAUGUACGAGCUCCUGCAUCGUAUAACAGGUGAGGGUCUUGCGGUUGAGUAUUGCUUCAGCCGGCAGCCCUUCAGUCCAGACCCCAAUAUGGUGGCCGUCCAGAUCCAAUUUACCAACAACACCAACUCCGAGACCAAAAACCUGCACAUCGAGGAUCCCAGGCUGCAGUCCGGGAUGAGGAUCCGAGAGUUCGCUGAGAUAGACGUGUUAACAGCAGGUGAAUCGGUUACCGUGGUGAUGGGCAUAGAUUUCUGUGAUUCCACGCAAGCAGCAAACUUCCAGCUGUGUACUCACACCCGCAAGUUCUUCGUUUCCAUCCAGCCACCCGUCGGGGAGCUAAUGACACCAGCAUUUCUGACAGAAAACGACUUCAAGAAGGAGCAAGGUAAACUGAUGGGAAUGAAUGAAAUCUUGGAGAAGCUGACGCUGGGAGAGAAAUGCGUGAACGAACACGUCAUCGUUGAGAGAGUCACGGCCACCGCCAACUUGAGCAGAGUACCAUGCGGUUCAGAUAAAGAGUGCAGAUUCGCAGGUAAAACGGUCAGCAGCGGUUGUCUCGUGCUGGUCACCGUAACUACGAAGGAAGGCGGCGGAGCUCAGCUGACGGUGAACUGUGAGAAGAUGGUGAUCGGAACGAUGCUGGUUAAAGACAUCCUGCAGGCCCUGUCGCAGUGAUGGCGCCCCCUACAGUCAACACCCUCCUACUGCUGCUUACCGCAUUGAUUUGUAUCUCUGUGUAGAUAUUUCGCCCACGUGGACUGGCUUGUAGCAUCAAAAAUAUACUUAGAACUGACGUCAGAACAGCGAAAGUAACAUUCAUGGCCCUUAAUCAGGAUGCUCCUCUUAUGUUCUUCUGUUGAAUGUUGCAUGGCAUCAGAGACAAUCUUUACACCAUAAACUCACCUGAACUACUGCACAAACCUGCAUCAAUUUCAAUUUAGAAGCUCUUUAGGAUAUACAGUACAUGGCCGACAGUUUUUGGAAACCACCUUGUAAUCCACAAGUCAGCAACCGUUAAUAAAUCCAUCUGCUCAGUGAAACAAGACUAAUAAUCAUCUGAGUGAUUCAUUUGUUGCCUUUGUGAUCUUCCUAAAAUCAAUAGAAACUCUGUGCAGUUUAUUUUAGUGUUUAUCUGUCACAUUUACUGAAUGCAAUGUCUUACAUCAGAUGCCAGACCGCAUCCACAUUUGUUUCCAGAGACCGCUUCAAACUGGUUUAGAAAACAUGAACUUUGUUGAAUUCUCUGGAACAUUUUCUUAUUAGUUUCAUAACACAGUAUGAAUUCACUGCCUUCAUGUUGUAGCAACAUCUCUUUCGACAGGAAACUUAUGUCUUUUCUGUAAUUGCCAAUGUGUAACUACUGAAUUAGGACUAUGGACUGGUGUAUCACCUGACAUUCAUCAGCUUCUUGUUCUCCUGAAGCUCUCAGAAGAAUAUAGUAUCUCACAAUAUAGUAUCUAGAUAUUUUAAUGCAGUCUGGAGCUGUUUAUCCUGGUGAAGACACUGUUAGUAGUUAGUUUUAAACCUUUUUUUGUUAUGAUGAUGUGCUUGAUGGCAUAAACCAGAUCUUCCUCCUCCCCUGGGUUAAAAAUGAAGUCCAGCUUUACUGACUCGUCUCUGUGUGACUGUGGGAAAUCAUGUGCUGUUUGAAUAUUAUAUCUCUAUUUAUUAUAAAGAGUUUUAAAUGUCAAU